GGGAGCGGUAUUUGAAUCGUCGCAGGGGUUGUUAGUUUUACAAUCUCAUUUGUUUUGAACGCUUAAACGGAAAACGAGAGUAAAGAGUACACGGUAUUUUUAAAGAUUUUAAAGUCCUGCGAUUGCAUUUUACGGUAGUUGCCAUGGACGUUCGUGUUGUUCACCGCAAUGCAGAGAACCCAGCACAAGUUGGUGGCAAGGCUGGGGUUGUUAAUGUCGGUGUGAGGAGGGCUGUCCUGGGUGAACUGUCCAACUUUGCUACCAAACCUGCAAAGACAACAAAGGGCAUUAAGGCAGCAGCUCAGCCAGCUGCUGUGCAGCCUAAACGUGUUCCAGUUGUGCCAGAGGUCCUCCCUCCUGCACCAGUCAUUCCACCAGUUCAGGCUGAUGUCUCCAUGAAGGAGGAGGAUGACCUGUGCCAGGCCUUUUCUGAUGUGCUCUGUCCCAUUGAGGACAUUGAUCAAGGCGAUGCAGACAUCCCACAGUUGUGCUCUGAAUAUGUAAAGGACAUCUAUGUGUAUCUCCGUAGCCUUGAGGCCCAGCAGGCAAUCCGACCAAAAUACAUGGAUGGUUAUGAGAUCAAUGAGCGUAUGCGUGCGCUUCUGAUCGACUGGCUCAUUCAGGUGCACUCAAGGUUCCAGCUGCUCCAGGAAACUUUGUACAUGACCGUGGCCAUCCUUGAUCGCUUUCUUCAGGUCCAACCAGUGUCUCGAAGGAAACUGCAGCUGGUGGGAGUCACUGCAAUGUUGCUCGCCUCAAAGUAUGAAGAAAUGUACGUCCCAGAGGUUGGAGACUUUGCCUACAUCACAGACAACGCCUUCACAAAACCCCAGAUUCGUGAGAUGGAGAUGCUGAUUCUCAGAGAGCUGAACUUUGAGCUUGGCCGCCCAUUGCCCCUUCACUUCCUCAGGAGGGCUUCAAAAGCUGGAAAUGCUGAUGCAGAGAAGCACACCCUUGCUAAAUAUUUCCUUGAGCUGACCCUGGUGGACUACGACAUGGUUCAUUACCAUCCAUCAGAAACUGGUGCAGCUGCCCUGUGCCUCUCUCAGCUUGUGCUUGAUGGCCAGAAAUGGUCUCCAACACAGGAACACUACACCACCUACAGUGAGGCCCACCUGAAGCCCAUAAUGAAGCACAUGGCCAAAAAUGUGGUCAAGAUUAAUGAGGGACUCACUAAAUAUGUGGCUGUGAGGAAAAAGUAUUCAAGCAGCAGGCUGAUGAAGGUCAGCCUACUUCCUCAGCUGAAGUCUGCACUGCUGAAGGACCUGGCUGCCCCUCUGCUCACCGCUUGAGUGUCUUCACAAAGAAUCACUGCUGCCAAACUGCACUUUAUUCCUGACCAGCCAUUGGAAAUGGACUGCUGCUUUAAGGAUUCUUAUGUAUAUAUGUGCAAAUAAACAUGACUUUUUACUUUUUUUUUUUUUUUUUUUAAUUUUAUGAACAUGUACAACUUAAUUCUUUUUAAGUAGUUUUACUGUUGCCUUAACAGUUUUAGAUGUUCUUGAGCUGAAUUUUCCUAUUUGAGUUGAUGGAACAUUUCAAUAAAAGUCCAAAGAUGUUCUAACUAAA